UCAACAAUGCCCAAUCCAUCUCCCGCAAUUCUAAUGCCAAAGUCUAUAUUAAAGAAACCUGAUCAAAGCCAACACGAGUCACCAUCAAAUUCUCCAGUUUCUCCAUCACCCCAAGAAGUUCCACGUGGCAAAAAAGAAUGGUGGCUUCCAUUUAAUAUACCAUUUCAUAAUGAGAUUUUUCGAAAAAAUUCAGGGUUCUGAAAUUUAAGAAACGACUACAUAUUGGUCUCAUCUACCAAUAUUUUACUUUUAUUUUCAUUUUUUUUUUUUGAAUAAAAAAUUUCUGCCCUCUCA